AUGGUAACUCUCAUCAAUAGUAACGGCCCGGACCCGUUGCCGACCCCGAAGCAGAUCCGUUUCGUUAAUAACCAAGGUCAACCGCCGACUAAGAGGAGAAGAAUAAACGCUGCAUGCCUUACUUGCCGUAGACGAAAAACGAGAUGUGCUGGCGAACAUCCCACUUGCUCGACAUGCACCAAGAACGGACACGUUUGUCUCGGAUAUACAGAUAGUAUCGAGAAGGGUAACAAGAAAGAGCCUGAUCGUGGAACAGACGGUAGUAAUUUCGACGCCGACGAUGAUGAAUAUUUAGACGAAGAACCCGAGGUUGAUCGCAAGCGGUGGAAAAGCAACAAUGGCACGAGCAAAAAUGGGAUUCGGCCAUUUGAAGUCCCGGAGGAGUCUUCUUCCAAACCCGGUCGCAUGUCCGAAUCGACCCAGGAUCGUAUAAAACCUGAUGUACAUUUAAAAUCGGAAACUGUAGACUGGGAAGAGCCCGCCUCGCAACCGACGCCUCGCCCCGAACCUCUGCGACGACCCAACAACCCGCGAAAUCAGUCAUUUUCGACCGACGGCGGCCAUAGCGAUACGGGGCAUUCGCCUAUACAAUACCAUAAUGAGAGUCAUCGAGUCCCCUAUUUUCGCUAUUUUGGGCCUACCGCUAUAGUGCCUGGGUUUAAACAGAUGGUGGUCAAAGUCCGGGAUCGCAGACGAAGUUCUAUAUCAGCUACUUCGCCUAGCGGUGCAAGUUCCAUAUUCUCCGGUCUUAUGAACACCAUGCAACCUGACCUUGAGCUCGGCCAUCUUGAGGAUAUGCCCGUCUACGAUCCGACCGACACAAACGACGUUCAUCCCUUAAUCAUCCACCUUGUCGACACCUUCUUCGUACAUCUCGGCAGUAACUACCCCUUUUUGCGGCGUGACAAGUUCCCCAAGCUGGUCCAAGAAAAGCGAGUCGAACCGAUAUUAGUGGAUGCUGUGUGCGCCUUAUCAGCCCGCUUCUCUGAUCACCCUAUAUUCCGGAAAUGGAACGAAGGUAAACUGGUGAAGUCUGAAUAUGGCUACAUCUACGCGCAGCGAGCCAAAUCAGCGACGGUGGACACUUUCCCGUGCCCAUCAGUCGCUGCUGUUCAAGCAUGCCUAUUGAUGGCAUACGAUGGUUUCGGUGCCGACCAGGACAGCGCAUUAUGGAUGUACCUCGGGAUAGCGCUUCGUAUGGCAAUAGACUUGGGUUUGACCAAGGAAGACGGGGUGCGAUACCAGGGCGAGAGGGAUCCUUGGUAUUUACGUGGCUAUAAUAGGAAGGAAAGCGACGACUUCACCCCACAGGGUUUCCAACAGAAUCAUUCCGGGGUGGACAGAAGCUCUCUAAGCCCAGAAGAGCAAAAGGAAGUUGAACAAGAGCGUAUCGAUACCUUCUGGGCUGUUUUCUUCUUAGAUCGGGCCAUAUCUUCCGGGACUGGUCGGCCAGUCACUCUUAAAGAUGACGAUUUCGAGUUAGAGCUUCCCAGAGCCUCUAUCGACCCGAUGACCGGUUGGCCUAACCCAUUGGCAUCUCUCUUGCAAAUCAUUCAUCUUUACGGUCGAGUCUCCGAUGUGUUGAAUAACAUCGCACAUGCUCAGGAUCUCACACAGGACAAGUUGAAUAAGCUUGUGCAGAUGGAGAAUGAACUUACGAGGCUUCAUCAGAGGACAGAUCCGCGACUUCGAUUCGAUGCUAAUAACUUCCAGGCCCACGUCAAGAAUGGCCAGGGCACAACAUUCAUCUUACUGCACUUCUGGUUUCACGCCUUGAUCAUCGUUCUGCAUCAGCCGACGCUCUUAACGAAAGAAGGCACCAUUAGUCGGGCGCACCAACUGAAAACACAUAGUCGAGAGUUAUCCAUGUCCAGCGCGAAGACGAUAGCCGACAUUCUUGCGUUUGCUGAAUUAGUCGAUCCGAAAUGUUUUAUAGGGAAUCCAUUCACCUCACAGCCUAUAUAUAUCGCGGCCUGUGCAUUCCUUAAGGAGUCCAGAACUAGUUCGUCGCAACCACCUUCGAGAGAUACAACCCCUCCACCUGAACUUAGGGGUCAGGGGAAUAAUAGGGGUGGCUCAGCUAUAGUCGACUUAGGCCCAUCCUCUCGACAUUUACUCUUAGCCUCCGCUGCUAAUCAGAAUUACCAAGCGUGUUAUAAGGCUUUAAAGCAGAUGCAUGCUUAUUGGGGAGGCGUUCGAUACAUACUAACCGCCUUGGACCAGAAACUAGAUGGACAGUGGGACUGUGAGACAUACACGAACGAAGAGUACGAGAGCGCUCGACGAUACCGCCAGCAAAGUGUUAUUGCCAGAUUUGCAAAACAAGUUGACUAUCCUGCGUCUCCGAUCCCCGACAACGGCCCUCCUCUGGCAUGGUCACUGACUGGAACCACCAAUUCGCCAAAUUCGAGUCUUACUCUUCUCUUUCAGAAUCCCGUAAACCACGGCGUCAUGCCCUCGCAAGUCUCGACGUCAGCGGCAACGUCACACGUUGCCCCCACAUCAGCACCUACGCCUCCUGGAAAUAUGAUAUAUGAUCCCAUACGCCAGAGCCUCCCCGAGACUACCGCAUCCAUCUACCAUUCCGCAUACCCUCAACCCAAUACCUCCGCUCUACGUCAUUCAAUAAAUCGUCCUCGGCGCGUGUCAGGGGGUGGCUCAGGCACCCAGGGCAAAUCUUCCUAUUUACGUUAUGAAAGUCUAGCACAAGACGACCCAACUAAAACGUCUACCGGAACUCAAGUCCCUCUUAGCACAGCACCUACCUCCUACACGCCGUCAUCGCAGCAGUCCAAUUACGAGCAGCCAUCAGGGUCUAGCUCGUACCCGACGCACGACUCGCCAUCUAGCAGCAGCGCGCAGAGUCAGAUUGCAUCGGGUGACGGAGGCCCGUCCAAUUUCGCACAGAGUGGUAGUGGCCUCGCAUCCAGCGGAUACUCGUACCUAGGGCCAGGUGGGGCGUCAAACUUGCACCUGCUGACGUAUGACAACGAGACGGACAUCGGACAACACCUUACCAGCUUUGAGAGCACCGAAAUGCUCAGCUGGUUUGGGGAUUACUUUCCUGGGGAUAGCACGUGGUUGUUCCCGGGCGACUCGGGGAUGUCUUGA